AUGUCACUCAGUAUGCAAGGCUCAGGAAGAGAGUGCUGGGAAAACUCUCCACAUAUGGAUCUAUGCGAUCCUUAUUCUCGCGAGCGUCUCGCUCGAGGAUCUGUCGAGAGAGAGACUGAACGCACCUCCGACAGGCGGGCACCCUACUCCGAGGGAGUAAGCUACCCUGAGGCACAAUCUAUUCUUGGCGAUGGAGAGUUUGGCCGUGUGGAUCCUACUGGCUGGUAUCCGCACUACAAGAAUUGCUUGCAAUACUUCCUUGAGUGCAGCCAACAUGCGCCGACGGUGCAAUCCGUGGCGGCCUUUAUCAAUAUUCGUCUUCCAUUCCAACGCGCUCCAGAGGCAGGUCAAUCUGCGCAGCAAUCCCCGCCAUAUGUUUCUCUCCGACCUUUUGUUCGGCGCUUGAUUGUUACGGCGCAGGACUCUCCUAUUACAAUGCGCGCAUUCUUUGGUGAUGGCUGGGAAGCUGGUGUGGGAUGCAUUUACAAGCAAGAGCGCAUCAACUACCUCUUCACGGCCAAGAGUAGUGGGUGGGCGGAUACCAAGACAGCCUACGACAUACAACCCGACGAGCAGACUCCGUUUUUGCGUCCACUGCGGGACCCAUCCGAGGAAGAGAUUCGGGCAGCAGAGGCCCGAUGGAGUGAAUGGUUAGCCAUGGAAGAUUGGAUGGUGGGCGCUCGGAGCCCCUGGUGA